AAUUAACUUCCAGAGAACCUCCAAACCAUCGAGCUCAGUUCCUAGCGAGGCCUCUAACGCCACUUCCGCUUGCCCACCUAAAAUCGCGCCUGCGCACGGUGUCUCUUCCUCUCCCCGCUCGGGCCUGCGUCGCACCGACAUGGCUAAACGCACCAAGAAGGUCGGAAUCGUGGGUAAAUAUGGGACCCGCUACGGUGCCUCCCUCCGGAAAAUGGUGAAGAAAAUUGAAAUCAGCCAGCACGCCAAGUACACUUGCUCCUUCUGUGGCAAAACCAAGAUGAAGAGACGAGCUGUGGGGAUCUGGCACUGUGGUUCCUGCAUGAAAACAGUGGCUGGUGGUGCCUGGACCUACAAUACCACUUCUGCUGUUACAGUCAAGUCUGCAAUCAGAAGGCUGAAGGAAUUGAAAGACCAGUAGGAGUUUGAGACAUCCCUGGCCUAUAAUAAAUGGGUUAAUUUAUAUAA